AUGUCUCCCAAACAGAGGAAGAAGCCAUCCCGCCAAAAAAAGCAAACCUCCGAUUCCUCCGCCACGAGCCCCAUUUUACCAACUAAUUACCGAGAAAUUCACCAAACAGAGGUCGAAGCUCUGCGCUCGAUAUAUGGCGAUGACUUCGAAGAAGUAGAGAACAGGCGGUCGGCCUGGCAGCAAACCUCCGACGUGACUUUUAAACUUCACUUGCGAUCCUCCUCAAAUUUAGAUGUCAAACUCAUUUUAUUAGUCGAACUGCCCGCCACAUAUCCCAAAACAAUACCCAAUCUCUCGGCAGGAAAUCUCGACGGGUUUCGCGAUGGAGCGCGUUCCAGAAUCCAAGACAUUCUCAGCAACAAACCAAAAACUCUACUGGGAAGUGAAAUGAUCUAUGAGCUGGCGGUUUCCAUUCAAGAUGUGCUGGAGGAUGUUGCCCAGACCCAGGCCCAAGACAAGGAUCUACCUAGCCUUGAAGAGGAGCGCAUAGAGCAAGAAGCGGCAGCUCUCCAACGUGCAGACCUAGAACAACAGGAGGAAUUGCGUAAACAAAAGGCUGCCGCGGUGGAAGAAGAACGUGCAUUACAGGAAAUGCUCAGAGACAAGAUGCGACAGCGGAAUAAGGCUCGGAUUUUAAGGCGAAAGAGUCGGACUGGCGGCGCAGAUACAAGCGAUACUGAUGACCUCGUGGGGAAUACCCCCGGUGCUAUCUGCUUCGAUCCGCCAUUGGUUGUUAAUGACACCGACGAACAACCGCUGGUUUUCCGGGCCGUUCACGGUAAGACUUUGGUUCAAAGCAAGCAAUGCAAAAAGACCUUCACCGUCAGGCCCGUGGUUUCUGAGAGUAGAUGCCACGUUCCGCUGCUCGUUCUCAAGGAGCUCUGUUUGACUGAAAAGGGGUCCGAGGCUUUGACAUUUCGAGAGCAGAUGCGGACCAGUGAGGACAAGUUGGAGGCCAUCAAGCGAUUGCGACAUUCUAACUUGGUUGAAUUUGUUGGAUUCAAAAUCAAUCGCCCCCUUGGACACUUUGACUCUUCCGACAAUGCCUGGACCGUGUUUGCGCUCUUGGAGCAUGCAAACAAAGGAUCUCUCUCCGAACUUCUUGAUAUCGUUGGGACCGUGGCUGUUGAUAUGCUUCGUGGUUGGAUGAUUCAGUUACUUGAAGCCUUGGAAUUUUACCACCGCAGUGGAUUUGUACAUGGAAGCAUUCAUUGUGGCCGAGUGUUCCUAUUUCGAACUCCAUCUGGAGAAACUAUCGUGAAGCUUCAAUCUAGCGUUGAAGAAGCUUUGCCAGAUUCUCCAUGCGCAAAGCCCUCUUGGACUGCAUCGAAAUCGCCACUGUGGGUACCCCCGGAGUUGACGCAAGAUAAUGCAUCUUCUUCCAUGAAGACCGACGUCUGGGAUCUUGGAAUCGUUCUCCUUCAGAUGGGCUUUGGGAAGGAUGUACUCCUUCGGUACACAUCCGCCAAUCAGUUGAUGGUGUCUAUGGGACUCUCUCCGCCACUUCAGGAUCUCCUGCGAGAAUUCUUCCGUCCAGAUCCCAGGAAGCGCCCAACUGCCUUCCAACUCCAACCGUCUGAGUUUUUCCGCGUUGAUGCGCCGCUGAAGAUGCGAGAGAGGGCGUCCGGCUCCAUGUCCGUACAAAGGCGGCCACGGCUAGACUCAUUUGGAGCAAUGCCAGCAUUCUCUCGAUACCAUCAAGACUUCGAUGAAGCAGGCCAAUUGGGCCGCGGUGGUUAUGGUCAAGUAGUCAAGGCUCGGAACAAGCUCGAUGGUCGACUGUAUGCAGUCAAGAAGAUUUCUCAAACUUCGGCUGCAGCGUUGAAAGAUACGCUUUCUGAAACCAUGUUGCUCUCUCGACUGAAUCACCCCUACGUUGUCCGAUACUAUACUGCCUGGCUAGAAGAGGACUUCAACCAUAUCGAGGAAGAGGCCAUGUCCUCGACCGAGGGUGAUCCCUUCUCUAGCCAAGACAACCAUAGGUUCAGCACAGGUGGUCUCGAUUUUAUCAGCUCCAGCGGGUAUCCAAAGAUAGAGUUUGCAUCCGAUAGCGACGACGAGAACGAAGGGACCCUGUCUGACCCUGUUCACCCACGGACACCUGAGACGAAUCGCGCCAAUGGCAACAACGAUAGGAAUGGUACCGACACUUACUCUGAUAGUGCAGAAGAAGAUACUGAUAUCAGCCGGGCGAGAUCCGGCUCUUACUCCCGGCCUGUUGUUACCACACUAUACAUCCAAAUGGAGUACUGUGAGAAACAUACCUUGCGUGAUUUGAUAAGAAAUGGGUUGUGCGAUGACAAUGAGAGCUCCUGGCGUCUAUUCCGACAAGUGCUUGAUGGCUUGAGCCACAUUCAUAGCCAUGGCAUAAUCCACCGCGACUUAAAGCCCGACAACAUCUUCAUUGAUGUUGCCAACAACCCUCGAAUCGGUGACUUUGGCCUUGCUACAAGUGGCCAAUUUAUCACGGCAGUACGUUCAUCUGCUGCGGCUGACUUCGAAGGGGACUUUACUCGCAGUCUAGGUACAACCUACUAUGUAGCCCCAGAGAUGAAGUCAGUCGUCUCAGGGCACUACAAUGAGAAGGUCGAUAUGUUUUCGUUAGGUGUUAUCUUCUUCGAGAUGUGCCACCCCUUACCAACCGGCAUGGAAAGAGACCAAACCCUUCGAGGGAUCAGAGAAAAAAACCACACUCUUCCGCCUACUUUCCAACAAUCCGACAAAGUGCUCCAAGGCCAGAUCAUUGAAUCACUAUUGAGCCACACACCGAGUGAACGCCCAACGGCCUCUGAACUUCUGUCCAGCGGCAAGAUUCCCCUGCAAAUCGAGGAGGAGACGUUCAGAAGGGCCAUUGUGCACUUACUCUCGGAUCCAAAUUCUCCCGAUUACAAAAACAUUUUGUCGGCAAUUUUCUCCCAGUCGCCCAAGAAAUUCGAAGAUAUUGCUUGGGAUAUAGACUCGCAUGCGGUGCCAGCCGCCAAUGAGUUGCUUAUUCAGGGCCUCGUCAAGAAGAAGCUGACUGCGAUUUUUCGGAGACAUGGUGCCGUGGAGUCUACAAGACAAAUGCUUUUCCCUCGAUCCCAACAUUAUAAUGCUGGUGCAGUGCGCGUGUUGGAUGCUUCAGGCAAUCUUCUACAGCUACCAUACGAUCUCACACUUCCGAAUGCGCGAGCAAUCCCCAGACAGGAUCGCUCACUCGAGAAAACAUUUGCAUUCGGCACAGUCUAUAGAGAGUCUACACAUGGCAGCGAACCACGGACGCACCGCGAAGUUGACUUUGAUAUUGUUUCUUAUAAUACCUUGGACCUCGCACUGAAAGAAGCAGAAGUCAUCAAAGUCUUGGAUGAAAUUAUCGAAGAAUUCCCACCUUUGCGGUCCACUCCAAUGUGUUUCCUUGUCAACCACUCCGAUCUGCUCCAGCUUAUCAUGGAAUUCUGUCGCAUUACGCCUUCCCAGAUCCCCAAGGCCAAGGAAGUUCUUAGCAAGCUGAAUGUUGGAAAGUAUACUAUGCAAAAAAUUCGAAGUGAACUUCGUGCUCCGGCAAUUGGUGUUGCUUCAACCUCGUUGGAUGACCUUGCUCGAUUUGAUUUCAGAGACUCCUCGAAAGACACACAACGCAGGCUGCAGAAUAUCAUGGAAGGAACCGAAUAUGCCGAACGGCUUUCACCGAUCUUUGCCCGUCUGAAUGUGCUCAUGACGUAUCUACAGAGCUUUGGUGUGAAACGCAAAGUCUAUGUCAACCCACUGAGUAGUGUGCAUGACAAGUUUUACCGAGGUAGCAUCUUGUUCCAAUGCAUCUUUGAUAGCAAACGACGCGAUGUGUUUGCUGCAGGCGGCAGAUACGACCGAUUGAUUCAGGAGCACUCGCCUAACGUCUUGUCAAACCGCCCCCAAGCGCAUGCCGUUGGAUUCAACCUUGGUUCAGAUCGACUUCGCUCUUCAAUGAUUGAUUAUCUCAAGGCCAAAGUUCCAGCAAAGGACUCUGAAACUGGCCCCGAGCUGUACUGGGCUGCCCGUCGCUGUGAUGUACUUGUCGCUAGCUUUGACGCGACUGUUCUCCGCACAACCGGAGUCAAACUCAUCGAAGAGCUUUGGUCAAACAACAUAAGCGCAGAGCUUGCAGUUGAUGCCUCGUCCCUCGAGGAGCUCAUGGCCAAAUACAAAGACUCUAACCAUCGAUGGAUCGUGAUCGCCAAACCAGACAGUAAAGAGCGUGGGUUCAAAGUUCGAAACCUGAUGCGCAAGGAAGAAUUUGAUAUCCGCCCUGCCGAGCUUGUAGCGUGGCUCCGAUCAGAAGUACAGGCACGCCAUCAUCGCGAAGGAACCACUGAACCCCGCCCGUCACGCCAACUGAGCCAACAAGAUUCCUUCGCGUCUCAAGAGCGAGCCAAUGAUGUGCGCAUUCUUGUCCCACAACACCGCAGCAAGAAGACAAACAGAAGGAACAUCGUCGAGUCAGCCCUUCUCUCUUCUCGCGAAGUAGCAGAAAACGCACGCAACGGCCCAGUUGCUGCCAUUGACACUCGCGACGAUGUUCUCGAUGCAAUCCGAGACACACGGCUUUCCGACGCAGAGAGUUGGCGAAGCGUCAUUCAGAAUGCGCCGUUGACGGAGCGAAAGUAUCUAAGUCAAGUGCACGAACUACUUACCGACUUGGCCAUCGAGAACCGCGCAAACGACAGCACAGAAAGCUAUACCAAUGCUUUUAUCUACAAUUACCGAACAGGCUACUGCGUGUACUACGAUUUGGGGCCGUAA